GGUGGCAUGCCGCAACACAGGCAACACGUCCCAUGAGUGGAAUUUCCUUCGCCACUUCCAUGCGAGCAUGAUGAGCAGAGGCGACCCACCAUGCCUGUCUGUUCUGAUGAACCAAAGCAAAUCACCCGACUGCCUGUCGCGAGACCGAUCCGGUUCUCGACAUGGUCUGUUACAAUCUUGGACACGCAGGUGACACGCGAGCUCUGCAAUCCGCCAUUUCAGCUGUGGCUUCUUGAGUUUCCCACGAGUUGCGAAAUCCGUGUUUAUCAUCUCCACUUACCGGGCGGCAUUCCGACGAGUCUACACUUUCCGGCCCGAACGAUCACAUCCGAUGUUCUCUCGGAAUUCUGUUCGCGAAGUCUCACAAGACUUUCUUGGUGUGACACAAGAGCUUGUAAAGUGGAGCGAUCAACAUCCGCAAUGUACCUGACACCAUCAUACAGCUGUCGGUCAGCAACAUCACUUUGGCGGACAAUAUUGCCUCGUACAGGGCAAGGCCCGAUGUGCGCAUUUGCAAUGUACCAGCGCAAGCGAUUCUGGCUUGUACCUUAUCAUAAGCGCGUCUCACGGGCUACCUCCUUGUAUUACCAUGCUGAUCACGUCACUGUAGGGGACCGACUACAUGGUCCGCCAUGUGAUGCUGAAGCUAAGCCUUACGUAGGUAACGACCAUUCAUCGUCUCUCUCCUCGGAAGUGCUUCCCCGACCAUGAUGCAGGGAUAACCCGCGCUAGUCAAAAGGUCACGGCUUGAUGUAUAACGUUACGCCACCAAUCAAUCGACAAGUACGGUUGCACAAAUAGCA